ACUGACACUCCCGGCAUACCAGACUUCAACUGUCAUCUCAUAGGUUCAUUGAUCUUGGUGAUGGAGGCUAAAAGAAAACAUGUUUUAGAAGAUAUGGGGGAACAGACAUUUCCCGAGUUUUAUAAUACAAGUAAGGGCAAGGAUGUGAUUCAGCAAAUCUAUAAUUAUAUGGGAGGAAACGAACUUAGAUACGGUAUUCUUACCACAUAUGAUAAUCACUGGUUUCUAUGCCGAGAACACACGAAGCUCUGGAUCUCAAAAACCCUUACACUAAAAUCAGAAUCUCCACCAGUACUCAAGGCAUAUGCUUAUCUAAAUCGACAGGCGAAAGAGAAUCCCAACUCUCCUAAACCUCAAGUACUAGUGCCGGCUCAAGGGGAUAAUAAUUCACGAACUCUUCGAUCAAACUCAAAAUCAUCAUCCAGCUCCUCAUUAAAUAAUCAGGCUUCCAGCACAUCUGCGAAUCAACAAUCUUUUUCUAUCACUCCUGUAGACCAACAAGAUUAUAGCUUCACGGACUUCAAGUUUAAGGGCAUACUAGGUGAAGGACGAAGUGGUAAAACGCUCCUAUGCGAGUUUCGUGGUGAUACAAUUGCUCUGAAGAGCGUAGACUUGUCGAAGGCUCCAUCGUAUGUUCUGAAAGAAAUGCAGAAGGAAGUAGAGAUGUACAAAGAUCUAGCUGAUAUUCAAGGCAAGUAUAUCCCAAAGCUGGUCUGUUAUGGAUAUUAUGGAGGAGGCAUGAGCUUCGUUAUCGGCUUAACCAUUGUUGGCACUAUGUUGAGCGACCAAAAAAUUACGGAACAGCAAAAGUCAAGGGCUAUUAAGGGAUUAGAAGCAAUCCACAAGCAUGGUAUCCUCCACAAUGAUAUUCGGGAGGAAAAUAUCUUAAUUAACGAUAAAGGUGCCCUAUACCUGAUUGACUUCGGGAUGGCAAGCCGGGAGGACACAAAAAAGAAGAGAAAGCUUUUCGACGAGGAACAGCUCAAAUUAUCUCAAUUGCUAGAUGGAUAUAUUGUACAUUUCGUAAAGAAGGAGGGGCGAAUUUCCAAGUCACGUAAAUGUCAGGUGGUUAGUUAGUCCGUA